AAUUAAAAGAUAAUAUAUAGUUUAUUCUCUUCUGUAAAACGCUUCACAAAAUCUUACUUAAUUUAGUCGUCCUAAAAGCUGUUGCUGAUAGGCGUACUGGACCGCCACCAUGAUCGAUCGUGAGGAAGGUGGUCCGCCGUAACUUCUGUCAAGAACACAGGUAUGAGUAAGAGAGAGAAAGACAUAUGCUGACAGGACCAGGGUCGUGGUCCGCUCGGCCCGUUUAUUAUAGUUUUUAAGCGCUUGUCAAUGGAGCGUAAUAGACAUUAGAGAGAAACAUAUUAUCUUAUUCUUACGAUAGUAUUAUGGAGCUUGUUAGAGUCGAGACUACCGCGAACGCAGAAGUUCGCAAAUUGCAAGCAUCUUUCUCUGUCACUUCUAACUCCUUUAUAUCUCCAUGUAUAAAUUAUUAACGAGUUUUUCAAACUACUCUCACUUGGUCUUGUUUAUUGACUUGAACAUUUUGCGCACUAGGGAUGUUACUCUGUCGACUCACAAAACUAACGAUAUCCGAUUUUUCGACUGUCGAUAUUCGUUCUCGCUUACAUAUACUAAUUAUUGGGGGCCUGCCGCAAAAACCGAAAUUCGCAAAUUGCGGGGAUCUUUCUCUUUUACUCUAACUAAGACGUAAUAAGACUGACAGAGAAAAACGCCCGCAAUUGAUGAACUUCGAAUUUCGUGGUUGUUGUCCUGGAUUCCAUGUGGAUGAGAUUUAUAUUUUCUAAUUAAACUACUUAAGGUUUUACGAUGCCGGACAUGUGUUUGAAAAUUAAUAAAUAGCGGUCGUUAGCCGCCACUGUCGAACUCAAAAAUGGUCACGAUUUUUCAUUUGUAGUCUGCCUCUUUCGCACUCAUGGUAUAUUCAUAUGCGUGAUGGCUUACGUUUUGCACUCUUUAACUAUCUUUAAUUCUUUAAGCGUCAUCUACUCAUCGUAGAUCUGUGAUUGCAACUAGUUUUUAAAUUUGCCGCCUUUGUCGCUUUGCCGGAAAUGUGUGUCCAACCUAUAUCGAAUCGAUUACGUAUAUAUAAAAGUUAGUAAAACCGUUUCAGUAUUAAAAUAUAAUGUAUAAACGUAAGUCUGGAAUGUUUAAGGACUUUGGAUUUAAAAUUUGGCAAUUAAUUAUUCUGUAUGAGCUAUCAUUCCACCAAUUUUAUCAUGGCGAAAUAUAGAUAUACCUAAUUAGAUAAACUUACUUAAGUAUUUAAUAAGAAUUGUGUAAAACUGAUUCACAUCGUGCGGACAUCAUGGUCACCCUAAUGAGUUUGACAGUUAUAGUCUUGUUUUUUUUAACGUAAAAUUGAACGAUUGUGGUUCACCUGUGAAAAUAUAUACCACAAUCAGCAAAACUUUCCCUUCUACCAACCUGUCACACAACAUUUUUUACCCAUUUUUGAAAUAUUUCGCAAUUAAAUGCUGAGCCCCAACAUUCACGUAUUUUGGAAAUAUCUCAAAAAUAUGUCGUCAAGUUGGGGAUACCAAUUAAUAUUCAAAGUUUCUACAAUGUCUACCAUGUUAAAAUUAACGUUUUUUUUGUUGUGCACAUGCUUGGUUUAAUCAGUUAAUAAUAUUAACAUCAUAAUUAUUUACAAAUUACUUAAAAGAUUUGAGAACCGCACUCUGUAUAUAGCACUAAAAUAGUAUAAGAAAGUCUUUAAUUUCGUGUUUUUUAACAUUGGCAGCAUGUGCAAGUGAGACACCGAGCCCAACUUUUGCUAUCUCAAGUGGACCGUUUUCUCUAGUCUGGUAAGAACACCUUUCUGCCUCCGUGAUAAGGUUCAAUUUACUAUGACAAAAAAAAAUAGAGUGUGCUCCAUUUUAUAUCUCCAUGCCUUCAUCGCUGUCAUUCAGUACUGUCACUGUCAAUUUGUUAAGUCAAAAUAGCGCCUCCCGAGCCAGCUGCUAUAAGCUAUAAGCCUUUCAUUUUGUUUAGACGGAAACGAAAGGAAAGUGAAGUACAAAGAAGAAGUAAAUGCCAGUUUGUUAUUGUGGAAAUAUUUUUGUAAAUGUGUAUAUUGUAAAUGACUAAAACGUGUUAUUAAAUUUUUUACUGUCACGGAAAGAUUAAUAAGUACAUCGUGAUCUACUAAAAGUUUGGAUUGGAUAUAAGUUAUGGACAAAUCAAGAUUUUCGAUGCUUCUUUUAGAGCCUGGUGAAAUUUACUUUGAAGAUUAUUCAUGUAUUUUCAAUGAUUUUGAAUCAUUACAUGGAGGUAAUUCCAGACAAGGUAGACUGAAACUUUGCUCAAAGUCCCUUGUGUUUGAGCCCAGAGACUGGACAUAUCCAUUAAUAAAGUUACACUUUAGAGACUGCAUGAGCAUAGAUGUGAUAAAGGCUCAAACUUCUGAGAGUCCACAGAAUGUAAUCAAAGUAGAAAUAAAGCAGUAUGCAGAAAUGCUAGAGGAGAAUAUAUUGGCCCCAUAUAAAUUUCAAUAUGAAAAGAAAACAUUUUAUAUAUUUUUUGAUUUUGCUUCGGCAGAAGAGACACUAUAUCAAAUGCAUCAGUUGCAAAGGGCAUCCACUUUGAAUGCACCUGAACACAACAGCAUGGUGGCUACUAUUCUGCACUCUAGAUAUAUGCGGAUGGUAUUUGACCCAGUGAUGAUGGAUGACUUUACUGAGGAGAUAGUUUGUGAGCUGCAGGCGGAGAAAAUAUCACCCCUAGUUAGGCAUCAAGGCAAGCUGGCUUUAACACCAACAACAUUAUAUUUUCAACCCUUUAGUAAUGUUGAAAGUAGUCCAAUUUUGAAACUAAAGCUAAGCCACCUGAAGCGGUUGUACAAGCGCAGAUUUUUACUAAGGCAAGUUGGCUUGGAAAUAUACAGUGCAGAAGAGAGCUCAGUAGCCCACAUCUACCUAACAUUUCAGUCUCAGGACGACAGAGACAGAACUUACGAUAUUUUGGAGCAGUCGCCCAGUGUUCUUCUCGAAAGAGUUCACGCCGAGGAAACGACGCUGCAAUGGCAAAAUGGAGUGGUUUCUAAUUAUGACUACUUGAUGCAUUUAAAUUGCCUCGCAGACAGAAGUAAAAAUGAUCUCACUCAAUACCCAGUAUUUCCAUGGGUAAUAUCGGACUAUACAUCUACAGAGUUGGACUUAGACAAUGUUGAUGUGUACAGAGAUCUGUCAAAGCCCAUGGGGGCGUUAAAUCCAGAUAGGUUAGAGAAAUUAAAAGACAGAUAUCAGGAGAUGUCCCAUCCUAAAUUUAUGUACGGUUCACAUUAUUCCGCCCCAGGAUUGGUGCUAUUUUAUCUAGUCAGAAAAUAUCCCGAAUAUAUGCUUUGUCUUCAGAAUGGAAGAUUUGACCAUCCUGAUCGAAUGUUCAAUUCAGUGAAAGAUGUGUAUAAUAACUGUUUAAGAAACAUGUCAGAUUUUAAGGAGCUAGUUCCCGAAUUCUAUGAUACAGACGCUAAAGGCGAUUUUCUAGUAAACAAAUACCAAAUAAAUUUUGGCGAUCGUCAUGACGGGACCAAAGUAAACAACGUGGCGCUCCCGCCCUGGGCAGAUUCGCCGGCAAACUUCGUGGCAAAGCUUCGGGAGGCGUUGGAGUCCGAAUAUGUCUCUAGGCACUUACAUUUGUGGAUCGAUCUCAUUUUUGGAUACAAACAGAGAGGGGAGGAAGCUAUUAAAGCUAAUAAUGUUUUUCAUCACGUAUGCUACGAAGGCUCCGUUGACUUAGACGACAUCUACGACAUGAACGACAGGCAUGCGUUAGAAGUGCAAAUCAUGGAAUUUGGUCAAGUACCAAAACAACUUUUUACUAAACCCCACGUUCGAAGGGUGACACACGAAAUACCGAAAAGUAUAAAAGAGGACUUGGAAGAAAACGAUAUUGUUUAUAGACUGGAAUGCAUUGACAGUAUUCAACUACAUAAGGAAGAAGUCACGUGUGCAUUAAGACAAGGUCAAAGACUGAUUUCUGUGGGUAAAGAUGGGACCCUAAAAGUAUAUGAUACGUCAUUGAAGAAGCAAAUAAGAAGCGUCAUACUGAGCGCUACGCCGCUUAGCUCGUGCGUCAUGGUCGAUGAAAAUAUUGUCGCAGCUGGCUCGUGGGACAAUGAAAUAUAUUUGUACGACGUGGAUUACGGUAGAGUGGUGGAGAGCUUCCGAGCGCAUGACGACUGCGUAAGCUGUUUGUUGUGGCUAGAAAAAGAGCGGCUCCUGAUAUCAGGCGGACACGACGGCGUAGUGCGCGCGUGGGGCGAGCUCGGCCGCACGGGGCAGGCGCUGCGCGGGCUGCGCGCCGAGUUCGACCACGACGGGAAGGUGUGCGCCGUCACCUUCAGACGUCGCCGCCACAGCGUAGACAUUAUCGCCGGCACGAGCGACGGCGAACUCUACGUAUGGGACUUAAUGGCGCGCGAAUUGCUCGCCAAGAUGUCCAUCCACACUUCUCCCAUCGUUGGCGCCUGUUUUAUACCCGCCGGCGACCGUAUUGUCACCAUCGCGCGCGACACCGACAUGAGCGUGACAGACCUGCUCGUCUGCGACUCGGUAUACCACGCUCAGCUGGCCGAAGGCGCCGGCGCGCUGUGCUGGCAGGGCCCGCGCGCGCUGUGGCUGGGCGGGCGGCGCGGCGCGCUGCGGCAGUGGGACAUGAUGCGCGCGCAGCCGCGCGCCGACACGCAGGCGCACCGAGACGUGAUCAACUGCGUGUAUUACGACGCCGCUACGGAGACUGUCGUCACCGCCAGCAAAGACAAAACUGUCAAGAUUUGGAAUAUGAUCUCAAGCUCCUGACAAAAGAGGCUCAAUUUAGUGAACAGUGCUAUUAAUUAUACUUUAUUAUUCUUUCUAUAAAUUAUUGUAGUGAUAACUUAAGUUUUGCAGUCAAUCCUGGUGUCAAUCGAUUUCCGUUAAUUAUAAUUAACGAAUUAGUUAGCUAUAUAUAGCUCUAGAUAUUUAAAUCAUUACUUUUGUUUUUAUCUUUAACCUUCGUGAUGGCAAUUUAAUAAUAUUACGGUUUUGAUUCGUUAUUUUUAGAUACAAGCGCCAAUUACAUCCACACUUCCCGAUAUCGGGUCCGAAAUCAGUCCGAUGUCGGGCCUGAUAAUCGUUUUCCGUUUCACGGUAACUAAUACUAUGUCUCUAAUUGCCAAAAAUGUUCAAUGUUUGAUAUUUUUGCAUAUGAACCAUUUUUUUACAUUUCGAAUAUUGUAAACGAUGUGCUGAUAUUUCAGUACAAGAUCCCAGACCCGCCAGACUUUACUUAUUUUCUCAUGAAUAAAAUGUAUGGGAUAAUGUAGUGCUAGUAAGUACUUUUAGUGUCCGCAUACUUGCUAUAUUAUCCCGACGGCCAUUUGUUCGGUACAAGGUGUUAAAGGUUGGUAAAGAUAUUUUUAACUUUUGUUAAUAUUCUCAUGGCUGAUUUGUAUGUAUGUUGUAGAAAAUUGAAUUGAUAAUCAACAUUGCCAGACCAUUUCCGCCGGCGGUAACUUUUACCAGACGCUUUAAAACUGUCAAAAAGAUAUUGUAACUUAUAUUCUCACUCUUGAUUUUUAUAUAUGAUACUUAGGGAAUGUUGAUUAUCAAUUUUUAACAAUAUUUUCUAAAACUUACAUAAAAAAUCAGCCAUGAGAAUUUAAGAAAAGUAAGUAAUAUUUUUUACCUACCUUUAAAGCACCUUGUACCGGACAAAUGGCCGUCGGGCCAAUACAGCAAGUAUGCAGACAUUAAAAGUACAUACUAACACUAUAUUAUCCCAUACAUUUUAGUCAUGAGAAAAUAAGUAAGGUCUGGCGGCUCUGGAAACUUGCUCUAUUUGGUGAAACGGAAAAAUACUCCUGCUCGGGCCCGAGAUCGGGCCUGAUAUCAAGCCUGACAAAAUGUGGAUGUAAUUGGCACUACAGACUGACAUGUUCCUUAAAGUCUGGGUUCCCAUUUUUAACCCCCGACCCAAAAAGUAUUUGUGCCAUUGAAGCUUCCAAAAGUAUGAGCCGAUAUGAAUGCAUUAAAAAAUUAAAUACCGUGAAUUGUCUGUUGACAUAGUUAUUAGCUAGAUUUUUUGUAUGCUUACGAGUAUAAUUCAAGAUAUUCAGUUCGUAUUGGAAGUAGACGCAGGGUCUCUUUCAAGACAAGCAUUUUUCUAUUCAUUUUGGCGCUUUUACUGGUUAUAUUCUAGAAGGCAGUUAUUACAGGCACAAGUUUUAACGAAGUUAUAGGCCGUUUAAUAUUAUCUGAGCAUACAUAGAUACCAGGAUUGACUGUGUUCCAGUCAGUUUUAAGAAAAUAUUGAACAGAACAAAAUUGUACUCAUGAAUUUAUCAAUAUUUGUAGAGUCGAACUAACAAAAUAGAUAAGUACUAUACGAAUAAUAUUAAGAAUUCCGCAAAAUUGUAGUUUUUAUUUUGAAAUUUUACACGGUUUAAUGAAGGGCAAAUGUAAUAAAAAAAUCAUACGAAAACUAGACCAUAUUUCCGAGAGCAGACUCUCAGAAAAAAAACCUUAAAAUGUUAAAAUUGGCUCGAUAGAAAAAAAACCAUGAAAACUUGUUUAAUGGCUCAGUUUCAUUGGUCGAUAUAAAGCGUGCGGGGACUCCCCGCUGGCGGAAAAACGACUAGUGAAACUCAUAAGUCUAUAGUUCGGUCGAUAUACCUACAACAUGCGGGUGACUCCCCGCAGGCGGUAAGGUGGUAUAACGACUAGUGAAACUCAUAAUGGCAUGCGUUUUGGAAAUCUCCCGCACCCCGGAUACGGACCCUAUCGACCAAUGACAACAGUUCCCCGAAUGCGGGCCCUAUGACAUGCCUUAUGGAAAACUUCCGCACCCCACAUACGGGCCCUAUCGACCAAUGAAGCCGUAGUUUUCAUUUAUUUUCAAUUGUAUAUCGAAAAGCUGCAUUCCAUAGCAGUGUAAUGAAGUAUAAAAUAGCUAGUGAUAUAGCCGAGGGAUUUGACCAGCGAAAUUUUAAUCAGAAGUAUACUUUCAGAGUUCUCGAGGUAAAACGUCAAAACCCGCGCGAUCGUCAAAUCUUCCGUAGCAAGCUCGCGCGUUGCGCCGUAUUUUUUUUGCCUUUCAAAUUUCUUGGUUUUUCGCGCCCUCUUAAUACGGAAGUAACUGUUCCCUUUCAAACUAAACUAAACUACAAAACUGAUUCUGACUAAAUCUGGCAAGUAAGCCCUGCUGAUGGCUUAGCACAGGAGCGCCGCAACAGUAUCUCGCCCGCUAGAUAAGACUACCCUUCUUUUUGUAACAGUAUUAAUUAGAGAGGGACGAGUAGUCUAUUUCGCAGGCGAGAUACUGUCGCAGCGCUCCUGUGCUAAACUUACUGGGGAUGGACAUAAGUUACUUUAUUUUGUUAAAAAAUCUAUAUUUUGGAGGGAAAAAGGAAAAACGACACAGACCGAUUUCCACGUAGGCACAGCCGCGGGCACGGUUAGUAAUAUUAUUAUAUUAUAUGUAACGUCCAAUCAGUCCUAGUAGGUAUAAUAACUAACAUUGAAUAGGUACCUAGACUAGAAGUUUCAAAAUUGUAAGAUGUGAUAAAUUUCAAGGUUGUUUUAAGAUGUUAUUUUGAAAUAGCGAUAUUGCACAACGUGCUAGUUUGCUUUUAAAAAUAUUUUAUUGUAUUAAAUCUUGUGAUAUGCUUAAGGUACCUGUAUAAGAUCCAUUUAAAUGACAAUAAAAUGUAUCAUAUAAAAUCUU